ACCCCAAAUCUCUUUUUAAGUGUGAUUUUUUCAUGCCUUAAAAAAAAAAUGUUUGCCGAGUAGAAUCACACGAAGGCGAGGCUGCUGUUCAAAGACAAAAGAGUGGGUUUCAAAAGCAGAGGAGCGAAGCAGAAGCGAUUGUGUCAUGGGAUGGGAGGAGUGUUUGACUUGCCCUGGGGAAAUACAAAGACCAGACUUCCUGCCUUUCACUUCCAAGGAAAAGAAACCGAAAGCAGCCGAGGCUUGCCAGCUAGAAGAAUUCAGAGUUCCCUGAAGGCUGCUCUGCUGUCACCGGAUCCCUGAUCUCUGCCAGAGGGUGGUGAUGGAUCUCAGAAGUACCCCCGCCAGGAGCCUCGACAAGUUCAUCGAAGACAACCUCCUGCCAGACACCGAGUUCCGCCUGCAGGUCAAGAAAGCCAUCAACAUCAUUUCCGAUUUCCUGAAGGAAAGGUGUUUCCAAGAUGCCAGCUGCUUUGCUAAGAGGCCGAAGGUAGUGAAGGUGGUGAAGGGAGGCUCUUCAGGUAAAGGCACCACCCUCAGGGGCCGCUCUGAUGCCGACCUGGUCGUCUUCCUCAGUCCUCUCACAAGUUUUCAGGAGCAGCUAACGCGCCGGGGAGAGUUCAUCCAUGAAAUUAGGAGACAGCUAGAAGCCUGUGAAAGACAACUAUUAUUCAACGUGAAGUUUGAGGUCAAGAGUCGACAGUGGGACAACCCGCGUGUGCUCAGCUUCAAGCUGAGCAACCCCCAUCUCUGGCAGGAAGUGGAAUUUGACGUGCUACCCGCCUUUGACGCCCUGGGUCAGUACAAACGCAGUAGACCUGACCCUGAAAUCUAUGUCCGGCUCAUAAAGGAAUGCACCUCCCUGAAGAGAGAGGGCGAGUUCUCCACCUGCUUCACGGAGCUGCAGCGAGACUUCCUGAGACAGCGUCCAACCAAACUGAAGAGCCUCAUCCGCCUUGUCAAGUACUGGUACCAAAAGUGUAAGGAGAAGCUUGGGAAGCCACUGCCACCACAGUACGCCAUGGAGCUCCUGACAGUCCACGCCUGGGAGUACGGAAGCAUGGAAACAGAGUUCAGUACUGCCCAGGGGUUUCAGACUGUCUUGAAAUUAGUCAUAAACUACCAGCAACUUUGCAUCUUCUGGACAGUGUAUUAUGACUUUAAAGAUCCCUAUAUUGGCUAUUACCUGACCCAGCAGCUUAGGAAGCCCAGGCCUGUGAUCCUGGACCCAGCGGACCCUACGGGAAACGUAGCGGGUGGAGACCUAGAGCGCUGGCGGCGGCUGGCACGGGAGGCUGAAGACUGGCUGGGCGCCUCAUGCUUUAGGAACUGGGAUGGAUCUCGGGUCAACUUCUGGGAUGUACCGGAAAAAUCCACUUCACAUCCGGAUGACAACUGGGCCUGCGCCAUCCUCUGAACGCCAGUGCAUCUUACAAGAAAGGGCUCCAGGGUCACCUAGACCUGCCCUGAUCCAGAGGGCCCCCAAGGUCCUCAGCGAACUGGGCCCUCAUCUAGGCCCAGAACCCAGGUCUGACCCCGCCCCUUCCCCUCCCACCUGCUGUUCUGUGCAUGUUUUCUCACCUAUCCCAGAUAGCAUCUCCCCCUGCAGUCCCAUCUCCAGACUGCGUUCUCUGAGAGAUGAGAGAUUUAGACAAAAAAGUGCAAUCUCAGCCUUGUACCUGGUUACAAUUCAAUGUAAUAUCAGUAACAAUAAAAAUGACAGCAGA